GUGCCCUCUGCCUCUAAAUUAUUCACCAAAUUUGUUUCGUCAUGCCUGUUGUAGAAGAAUAUAAAUAUCCUCAUUCUUAUUUUACACCUGAACCACAUUGCAUUCCAGGGUGAGUAAGUAAUUAUUACUUUAGAGGUGCUACUUUGGUAGACGGUUGCUUGGAUUUUGGCGAAUUUUUUUUUGUGGUGAGCGAUACGACUUAUGGUAAACCCAUUGCUGGACAAGUUAUUUAUGAUACACAGGGUACCUUCCAGGAUUCGGUCCACAUAAGCUCUACCAGUUUGGAAAAACAUAUGGUAACAUGACUCAUCAUAUAAUGUCGAGACACCCUGUGGCUGGAGGCAGGCUUGGGAACAUAUUAUGCUCAUCAGAUGACAGGAAAAGAAAUUUCGAUUAUGACAUGUACGUGAGAAGUCACGAAAAGUCUCCACAAUGUGUUACACUGCGGAACGACAUGGUAACUGGAUAUACAGGUCACGUGCCUCGAAAGGAUUUUUAUUGCGGAAAGAACUAUCAAGAGAGAUGUCGAAGGGGCAAUGCAGAAUUUGAAAGAAUGAAAAGGGAAAACUCUUGUAGAGACAUUUGCAGUAAAUAUGUACCACCGGCUGAUAUACUGCCUAGAACGAUAGUUUUCCAAAAGAGGUUGCACGAAAGGCCGCACCACAGAAAUAUUCCAUCUUACGCCACUUUCACAAACCCCAUGAAUUAUGGCCUUUCCGUUUAUGAGAUGAGUGAUCUGGAUCCGAGGAAAACAUAUAUGCCAGGUUACACUGGCUAUUACACAGGCAAAUGUUUUGACACCGGUGUGACACAUUCAGCAGGAGCUCAUCAAGAUCUAUGCGAUUUGACAAGUUCCAGACUCGAACGUCUGGUUGCUGAGAGGCGACCAAAAAUUAGUGAUUGGUACAAAUGUCCAGUUGUGUAUGCAUCUGAACCAGUAACCUUAGAUGGCUAUCAUCUUCAGCUAUAUAGGCCUGCCAAGCCUGUCCCAGGAUAUGCCGGACACGUACCAGGUUUCCGAGACAGCUGCCAUGGUCAAACAUUUGGAAACUGCGCUGGACCCAUUUUACGGGAGAGAGAAUUAAUGUUUUGCGAAGGUUUAAGACAUCCAUAAAAAUAAAGAAUAUAAAAGCUACAAUUCUAAUUUUGUAAUUAAAAGUACAUUUCGUGUUUUCAGGUAAUAAAACUAUAAUUAGCUUA